AUGAAGAUAUCGCUCCUCAAGUAUGAGAUCGACUGGUCGGAGGCACUGGAGGUGUGGAGGUCCCUGUGGAGGAGGCGCCAUGCGAAGAGCUUGAAGCUGGCUGUGACAGAGAGGGAGAGGAGGGGGAAGCAGAAGGAGGGUGAAGAUGUGGCUGCUAAAAAUGCCGGAGAGAAUGAGGAUGAGGAGGAGGAGGAGGAGGAGGAGGAGGAGGAGGAGGAGGAGGAGGAGGAGGAGGAGGAGGAGGAGGAGGAGGAGGAGGAGGAGGAGGAGGAGGAGGAGGAGGAGGACGAUGAAGUGGAACAGUCCUCGGCGACGAUCAGGAGAUCGUGGGGGAGGAGGAAGCGGAGGACAAUCCAUUCCUGCCGUGGAAAGGGUGGCAAGGGUCUUGGAAAGGGCGGAGCCAAGCGACACAGAAAGGUGCUUCGCGAUAAUAUCCAGGGCAUCACCAAGCCGGCUAUCCGUCGUCUCGCAAGGCGUGGCGGAGUCAAGCGUAUCAGUGGCCUGAUUUAUGAAGAAACUCGGGGCGUGCUUAAGGUCUUUCUUGAGAACGUUAUCAGAGACGCUGUGACUUACACUGAGCACGCUCGCCGGAAGACCGUCACCGCCAUGGAUGUCGUCUAUGCUCUGAAACGCCAAGGCCGCACGCUCUAUGGGUUUGGCGGUUAA